UCUCCGGAGAAAACAGGCUGCUGUGGAAGUUAGUCGCGUGUCUUGAGGAAAUUUUUCUAAACUAUUCCGUUUGAAUCGCAAUAACAUUACAUUUUAAAGUUCAGCAUAAAGUUAGCGUCUCGAUUAAGUUCAGUUUUAGGUCUGUUUGCUUCGUGAAAGGAAACUAUGUCGGACGUUUUGUCUGAUGAAGGCAGCGACGUCAACCAAGAUGACACUCAAGAGGAUGUUAUGACCCCGGCGGAGCUGAUAGCCAAACUGGAAGAAGCUUGGCUGAAUGAGAAGUUCUCACCGGAGCUGCUGGAGAACAGAUCAGAGGUGGUGGAGUGUGUGAUGGAGCAGCUGACUCACAUGGAAGCCAACUUACAGCGGGUGAAAAAAGGUGACGCGAAGGCCAGCAUCCAUCGCAUGGAAAUAGACAGGAUUCGCUUUGUGCUCAGCAGCUACCUGCGCUCUCGCCUGCAGAAGAUUGAAAAGUUUUUCCCGCAUGUGUUGGAGAGAGAAAAGUCUCGAGGUGUGGGUGAUCCGUCACUGCUUUCACCGGAGGAGUUUGCCUUUGCCAAAGAGUAUUACGCCAAUACUGAAACCUACCUGAAGGCUGUAGCAUUGAAGCGCAUGCCCCCCAACCUGCAGACAGUGGACAUGCUCAAAGCAGUGCCUGAGCCCUGCUUGGACUCCUUUGUGUUCCUACGAGUGAAGGAGAGACAGGAAAACAUCAUGGUCGAGCCUGAAACAGAUGAUCAGAGAGAGUACGUUGUAGAUCUCGAGGAGGGCUCUCAGCAUCUAAUGCGGUAUCGAACCAUAGCACCACUUGUUUCAAGUGGAGCCGUGCAGUUAAUUUGAACACGGAGGUCUGUUUGUUGGUGUGGAUGAUUUUGGCUCCAGGAGGUCAGAAAAUGAGCAAUGGCCUAUUUUUGCAACACAGCAGUAAUGAGGAAGGGGCACGUUAACCAGAAGAGGUUACAUCUGGAAAUGCUCCCAUCUCACUGUUGUCAGGAUUAAAGACUCAUAUGUGGAACAUAAACACAGACAUUUGUGGCAGCAUGUCCUCGAGACAUUUAACACAGUGGGAAAAAAACAACAAAUAUAAGAUGAUUAGUGGAAUUGUCAGAAGUCCUUGUUGACGUAUAAACCCUGUUCGCAGUGCUGUGGUGUUAUUUUUGAAUCAUUUUAGUCAUGUCACAACAUAAGUUUGGUUACAUAACUCUAAUGUAUUCUGGUGUGUUGGUGUUAUGUGAGUGGUAAAGACAAGUCUAUCUAAUCUGCUAAUUCAUUCUGUUACUUUAUUCAAUGACUCACAUUAUUGGACUUUAUCCUCUGCUGCUGAGUAACAAGAUGCACCGAAGGUGAAAUUUCAUCAGUUCACUUGGCAUCACUGCGCAUACCAACUCAAGGUACACGUGUUCAUGUGCGUGUAUGUUUGAAAAAAACGAUGCUUGUUUUGAUGACCAUUUUUAAAUAACCUCCACAGUCAAAGCAAUAUGUAUUACUGUUAUUACAAAUAGUAGAAAUCUUAA